AUCUUGGUGAUGACCCGGGUGCAGCAGCGAGGCUUCUCUACUUGAGUCAAUUGCUAUGUGACAAAGACGAUUUUUCGCCUGGGCCAGAAUAAGGAAUAAAGAUGCGGUGGAUACUAAAUUGCAGCCCAAAACAAUUUACGACUGUUAAUGAAGCCAUUGCCAACUUAAACCAACUGCAACCUGAACAAUCAAAGACUAAGAGUGAUGAUGACUCCAAGUGCUAUGAUAGUGACCCUCAGAUUGAUUUCGAGGUGCCUGCCAUGCCUGCCCCCGUAGCGCCCAGUCCCAAAUUAACAAGCAUUCGACUAACUAGGUCUGAAAUUUAUGUUGUCAGCAUUCCUCCAGCAGAAAUGGUUUCGAGGGGACAUCAAGUCUGGAUGCCAUAUCGGUCAAAUGAAACGCAGACCACUAAUUUUCAACCUGACCUCACCCACACUUCAGUGUCGAUCAUGGAGGUACCAAGUACGCCUGAAACUGCAUCUACCCCUCAGCCAAAAUACAAGAGGAAGCGUUCUGAUUCAGGUAACGAUGAGGAGACUGAGCCCUUGGCAAAGCAUUCUUUGUCAUUUGUGGAUGAUGAAACCAAGGACCCCUCUUGGAAUCCAAAUAUGUCUUUGGAAAGUGUUGCAUCUACUAGUGAUGCCAACAAUAAGCGAGCAUCCUCAUCCCUGACCGAGGGCAUGUGUGCAGUUUCAGUGUCCAAGCUUUUGGAGCUGUUCCACAUCUGCUACAACUGCGGCUCAAUGGUGACCAUAACACAGUCAUGCUUGUCAUGUGAUGUAUCUGGAAAUGGCAGAGCCAGGAAAUGAUUUGAACGGUAUAUGCUGGUAGCAUCGGCCUAUCGAUGGCAAUUCUUGCAGCGGGUGCUUUUCCAAGCAAAGUGAUAAGGGUCCUGCAAUUCUGGGGCAUUCGAAGCAUUUCCUCCGGAACAUAUUUUCGACACCAGUCAAAGUACCUGAACCAGGCAGUACGUAAUGUUUGGGAGGAGGAGACCAUCCAUGCACUGGCAGCUGUAGAGGACGUGGCCAAACUGUCCGGUGAUGGAAGGUGCGAUUCGCCCGGCCAUUGUGCGAAGUAUGGCUCUUACAGUUUACAUGACACAGAGAGAAACGCCAUUGUCAUGACACAACUUGUUCAGUCCACUGAGGUUAAGAACUCCUACCACAUGGAGCUGGAGGGCCUGUCCCGAUGUGUCGAUGAAGUGAAAUCAUACGUCCCACAUGUUAAGAUAGAAUUAACAACUGAUGGCCACAAAUCAGUGGAGAAGUGGUUGAGAGAGGAACAAUCGGACACCAUAAGGCAUUAUUUUGAUGUGUGGCAUGUUGCUAAAGGACUGAGGAAAAGACUCAAGCCCAUAACCAUGAACAGGCGGUUUCAGCUGGUCAACAAAUGGCUGAAAAGUAUUAUCAAUCACUUGUACUGGUGUGCCAUGACCAGAAAUAACGACCAAUCAUUGAUCUUGGCCAAGUGGAGAUCAAUAGUGAACCAUAUAGCUGGCGUCCACACGCACGAAGAAAACGAACUGUUCCCCAAGUGUAUCCACAGUCGUAUUCCAAGGCAGUGGUUUAAGAAAGGAACAGAAGAAUACGACAAGACAAUUCAUUGCUGCUGCUGAAACUCGGGCACCAAGUCUCUUGAGCUUCAGUGGAAUGGACUUUCCCCGUGUAUUGUUCAUGGUGUGGAUUGCUGCAUGAACACGACUGCGAUAGUUUUUAAGGCCUUCCCAAGAAAGGUGCUGAAAGCAUCCUCCAUGCCGGCACUACAUCUACCGUCACCGUCGGUUGUACAGCAAUGAACAACAUCCUGUCCCCUCCGGCGAAGUAUCUUCAGUGGGCUGACCGUGUUCUCGACCGUCAGUGCAUAGAUUAUCCCAUCCGAUCGCUCCCGCACAACAUUGUUGUAAUCCUCAUGACUGAAACGAGACCAGCUACCAUCGAUUUUCUCUGGAGGCAUUGUCCUGCUGUAGGGCGAGUGACUGUUGUGAACUUCUAGGGGAAUCGGGAAAUGGCAGAAAUUCUGACCUGGGGUCAAAACUGGCUCUCUACUAGGGCAGAGACAUGUAUUCAUCCACAGGCGGAAGUUUGGCACUGACAGUCAUAGUCCGUACUGAACUGUGAAGCUGUGGUAAAUACAUGACUGUGAUGGGUGAAAGUGGAUUUAUUCUUCAAUCUUUGGUGGAUUCUUAAUCUACAGAGCCAGGCCAUAACAGGGAUAUAAUUUUUGAUAAUUAAUUUAAGGAAAUAUUGUGUCAGUGGCCAGUUUAGAACUUGUAUUCUAAUAGGCCCAGUCCGCAAGUGACGAUUUGAUGGCAAUCCUGUACACAAAUCAAUUUUUCUCAGGCAAUCGAUAUUGGAAUGUUUUGAAAUUUUACUAUUAUUUUGAUAAAAGCCUCUUCAUAACACAUAUAAAAUUUGGUGGGAAUUAAAGCACCCUUGGUGUACUUUUUUCACCAACCUAUGUUCAUUAAAAUGUACCACAUAAUGUACACGCUGGCUAAUAGAGGUCUCUGGACUGCAAAAAAAUUUUUGCGUCUCAGUAGUUAAAUUGAUUCAUAGAUACAGUAGUUGUCAGGUUCAUAAUAAUGUUCAGUUAUGGAUAAUUUGAUUCUUUUCUGGUAUUUUGAUUGUGUACAACUCAAAAUUUAGCAAGGGGGGAUUUGCUGUGUAUUCUACUCCUUGUAAUUCGCGCCUUACGUUGGUGGCGCCGUCUGUGUUAAGUUCAAUAAACCUCGUUGUAGUUUCGGUAUUGAGAAUGGAA